AAGAAGAAAGAGAAAGGGAGAAAGAGAGAGACAGAGACAGAGACAGAGACAGAGACAGAGAGAGAGAGAGAGAGAGAGAGAGAGAGAGAAGAAGAAGAAGAAGAAGGAGGAGGAGGAGGAGGAGGAGGAGGAGAGAGAGGAGCAGCACGAGGGGGAGGGGGAGGGGGAGAGAAGCAGGGGGAGACGGGGGCGAGAAAGAGGUCGGAGAGGAGAGGCGGGAGAGAGACGACUCAGAAAGUGGAAUCUGUACAAGCAACCUAGAAGAGGAGAAGGAAACCCUUGAAUCGUUAUAACUACACCCCAGAUGCAACGCAAGCAACGACUUCGUCACACUAAAACGGAUUUUGUGAGGGCCAAAAUUAUAAAUUACGAAGCAGAAAUGAUUACCAAACAACUUCCAGCGGUUUGCACCUAAAGAAAUGUAAGAAGAAUCCACUACAAACAAACCAACCCCGUCCAAACAACGCCUCCAGUAGGAAAAGAGGAAAACUGCGACAACACGACCCCCCGAGAAGAGAGGAGACCAACACGCUGAGACUGCGGGGUGUCAGCAAACCUCCAAGUGCACGGCGGACAGAGUUGCACUUCGCAGCUCUCUGGACAUUAAUUACCUCCUGCACCUUCCGUUUGCGGGAGGGUGAGGAAGAAGGUACUCACCUACACUGAGCGAAGAAGUCCUACCAGCGUGGAAGAGAAGUUUAAGAAUGAACCACUGAAUGUUUCGCUUUUAUAUUUAAAUUUAUGUUGGCACUUAAAAAACUUCAUUUCCAGGUUUCUAGGCAAUCUCGGCUACAGACAUCUAAGCCUAACCUUUUGGUAUCCUGAGGUUUUUUUCUGUCUCCUUCUUCCUCACCCCCACCCCGCUGCUCUCGCACAAGGUCAUCUUUACAUUAUCAAGAGAAAGUUAAAAGGUCCCAGGAGGUACUUUUCUUUUUAGAAAAUCACCUUUUUUCCCCCUAAUUUUUUUGCAGAAGAAAAAAGCUUUUGAAAGAGGGAAAAGGAAAAAAGCCGGCAGCCGUAUCAGCCGGUCAGCCCAGGUGAAAAACGAGAGUGAAAGUGGGGUUUAACGGGGAGCGCACCGCCUCUUUCGAAAGCCGCUGGGCCACCACCAGUGCCUGAGCCUUGGAUCCCUCAACGUAUUGCGAGACGCCGGUGUAUAGCCCGGACCUGUGCCCCAACAUGAUCGCCGCUCAGGCCAAGCUGGUUUACCAGCUCAAUAAAUACUACACUGAGCGCUGCCAGGCGCGCAAGGCGGCCAUCGCCAAAACCAUCCGAGAGGUCUGUAAGGUGGUCUCGGACGUGCUCAAGGAAGUGGAGGUGCAGGAGCCUCGCUUCAUCAGCUCCUUGAGCGAGAUCGAUGCCCGCUACGAAGGGCUUGAGGUCAUCUCGCCCACCGAAUUUGAGGUGGUGCUCUACCUAAACCAGAUGGGCGUCUUCAACUUCGUGGACGACGGCUCGCUGCCCGGUUGCGCGGUGCUCAAACUGAGCGAUGGCCGGAAGAGGAGCAUGUCUCUCUGGGUCGAGUUUAUCACGGCGUCGGGCUAUCUCUCAGCGCGUAAGAUCCGCUCACGUUUCCAGACGCUGGUGGCUCAGGCGGUGGACAAGUGCAGCUAUCGGGAUGUGGUCAAGAUGAUCGCGGACACCAGCGAGGUCAAGUUGCGCAUCAGGGAGCGCUACGUGGUGCAAAUCACACCGGCGUUCAAGUGCACCGGGAUCUGGCCUCGAAGCGCGGCACAGUGGCCUAUGCCCCACAUCCCCUGGCCUGGCCCCAAUCGGGUGGCCGAGGUCAAGGCCGAAGGGUUCAACUUGCUCUCGAAGGAGUGCUACUCGCUGACCGGCAAGCAGAGCUCGGCGGAGAGCGACGCCUGGGUGCUACAGUUCGGGGAGGCGGAGAACCGCCUGCUGAUGGGCGGCUGCCGAAACAAGUGCCUCUCGGUGCUGAAAACUCUGCGGGACCGCCACCUGGAGCUGCCCGGCCAGCCGCUCAAUAACUACCACAUGAAGACGCUGCUGCUGUACGAGUGCGAGAAACACCCGCGAGAAACGGACUGGGACGAAUCGUGCCUGGGCGACCGGCUCAACGGCAUCCUGCUGCAGCUCAUCUCCUGCCUGCAGUGCCGCCGCUGCCCUCACUACUUUCUGCCCAACCUCGACCUCUUUCAGGGCAAGCCCCAUUCGGCCCUGGAGAGCGCUGCCAAGCAGACCUGGAGGUUGGCCAGGGAAAUUCUCACCAAUCCCAAAAGCCUGGACAAACUAUAGGGUGCUGGGGACUGCUUGAAAAGCGACACAAAAGGGCGUGCUCUCUCAGACACACAACACACAACUCAGCGAUAAACAGCAGAAACUCUGGACACAAACUUUUAUGUAAGUCACAUGAAAUAAACAGGAACCAGGCAGAAGACCUUCGUUAAUUAAGAAGCAAACAAAAAGAGAGCAACCCAACCAAAACAAAUCACAUUCUUGCACAAAAGUGAUCGUUUUCUUCCAAACAAUGUGAAUUUAAAAGGUCACACAAAAGAAGCAAUCGGGCUGUGCCACCACAAAAUGAAACUCAAGGUACACUUUCAAAUCAAUGUAUAGUAGUUUCUCCCUUUUCCUUCUUUCCCCCAUCCUUUUUCUCUCCACCUCCCCCUCCCAUUUCGUUUUCUUUUUGGUUGCCUGAAUGUUGUCACCAAGUGAAAAAAUUAUUUAACUAUAUGUAAAAUUUCUCUUUUAAAAAAAGUUUUACUGAUGUUAAACGUGUCUCAGUGCCAAUGUCAGAUUGUGCCCCUCCCUCUCCUGCACCUCUACCCUCACCCUGAGCCGCCUUGUUGAAAACAGUAAUAAAAACAUUACAUUGUAA